AUGGCCCAGCAGGAGGAAAAGCAACAGCCCGUUGUGCUAAAGGGCCCCAGUGCCCUACGGUCUAUCAUCGCCGGGUCUACGGCCGGUGCAAUCGAAAUUGCUAUUACUUACCCUGCCGAAUUUGCCAAGACAAGAACACAGCUUAAUCGCCGCCUCGCCGAUGGCAAGAAGCUCCCAUGGCCUCCAUUUGGCGCCCAGUGGUAUGCAGGAUGUACCACUCUCAUAAUAGGAAACUCCCUCAAGGCCGGAAUCCGCUUCGUUGCCUUUGACCAGUUCAAGAGGCUCCUUGUCGAUUCCGAAGGCAAGCUAUCCGGGCCGAGAACAGUUAUCGCCGGUUUCGGCGCCGGUGUGACAGAGUCCCUCCUCGCUGUCACCCCCACCGAGAGUAUCAAGACCACGCUAAUCGACGACCGAAAGAGUGCCAAGCCCCGAAUGCGCGGUUUCCUAGACGCCGUCCCCAUCAUUGCCCGCGAGCGAGGUAUCCGCGGUUUCUUCCAGGGUUUCGUCCCCACCACGGCGCGACAGGCCGCCAACAGCGCCACGAGAUUCGGUUCCUACAACUUCUUCAAGCAGAUCGCCGAGUCUUACAUCGCUCCCGGCGAAAAGCUUGGUGCUGCUGGAACGUUCGCCAUGGGCGGUCUUGCCGGUCUCGUCACCGUGUACGUCACGCAACCGCUCGACACCAUCAAGACUCGUAUGCAGAGUAUCGAGGCGAGGUCGCAAUACGGAAACUCGUUCAGGUGCGCUGCUAUCAUCUUCAAGCAGGAGGGUGUCUUGACUUUCUGGAGCGGUGCUCUUCCGCGGUUGGCUCGGUUAGUUCUCAGCGGCGGUAUCGUCUUCACGAUUUACGAGAAGGCGAUAGAUUUCAUGAACAAGGUCGAUCCGGACCAGAAGUACAUAUAA